ACAGGCGGCUGCAGCUCGACCAGAGAUCCCGUGGCUUUUAAUUCCCUCACUACUUUUUUUUUUUCCUCCUUCGAUGUGCCCCGUUAUUACCAUUUUGUCGUUCAUUUCCGCACCUGCCACAGUAGAGACCGGGCGAAAGGCGAAGUAGAGGAAGAGACAAGGACAUUUCGAGAGGCAGACGGCAGAGAAACAGCGCGUGAGAUCUUUAAAAAAAAAGAAAAGCAAAGGACACAAAAUGCUGCUGUGGACCAGAAUCGCAUUGGGCGGUCUCAUCUGCUUGUCCUUGGUGUCCUCUGGGAUGGGAUGUGGACCGGGCAGGGGGUAUGGAAGGAGAAGACACCCGAAGAAGCUGACACCUCUUGCCUACAAGCAGUUCAUCCCCAACGUGGCGGAGAAGACCCUCGGGGCAAGCGGCAGAUACGAAGGCAAGAUCACCAGAAACUCCGAGCGAUUUAAAGAGCUGACUCCCAAUUAUAACACAGACAUCAUAUUCAAGGAUGAGGAGAACACCGGGGCGGACCGGCUCAUGACUCAGAGAUGUAAAGACAAGCUGAACUCUCUCGCCAUUUCGGUGAUGAACCAGUGGCCCGGGGUGAAGCUGCGGGUCACUGAGGGCUGGGACGAGGACGGACACCACUUCGAGGAGUCGCUCCACUACGAGGGCCGAGCCGUGGACAUCACCACGUCCGACAGAGACAAGAGCAAGUACGGCACGCUGUCCAGACUGGCGGUGGAGGCGGGGUUCGACUGGGUCUACUACGAGUCCAAGGCGCACAUCCACUGCUCUGUGAAAGCAGAAAACUCAGUGGCUGCAAAGUCAGGCGGCUGCUUCCCGGGCUCCUCCACCGUCACCCUGCAGGAUGGCACCCAGAAGCCGGUCAAACACCUCCAGAGCGGGGACAGGGUCCUGGCAGCGGACGCACACGGAAACCCGAUCUACACCGACUUCAUCAUGUUCAUAGACCAAGACUCGACGACCAGGAGGCUUUUCUACGUCAUCGAAACCGAGUCGGGGGAGAAAAUCACCCUCACCGCGGCUCACCUCCUGUUCGUGGGCCAGAACAGCACCGAGAACUCGGAUCGGAUGUCGGCUAUCUUCGCCAGUCAGGUCCAAUCCGGACAGAAUGUGUUCGUGUUUGAUGCAGAGAGACGUCGCCUGGAACCAGUGUGCGUAAAACGGAUUUUUACGCAUGAGUACGAGGGCUCUUUUGCACCGGUGACCGUGCAGGGGACCGUCGUGGUGGAUCAGGUCCUUGCGUCCUGUUACGCAGUGAUCCAGGACCAUGAUCUGGCUCACUGGGCUCUGGCACCAGUCCGGUUCGCCUACCGGGUGAACUCGUUGCUUUUCCAGCGUCAAACCAGUGCCCAAAACGAUGGGGUGCACUGGUACUCCAAGAUGCUUUUCCAGCUAGGAACAUGGCUCUUGGACAGCCACUCGAUCCAUCCACUUGGGAUGUCAGUAUACCCGAGUUGAAACCUCCAGGGGAAGAACGAGACUGCAAAUGUAGGACACAUGAACUGUUCCGUAGCUUAAAAAAAUAAUAAUAAUAAUUAAAAAAAACGAACAAACGAGACGCGGGGCCCCCAGUGGAGACGGGAUAUUUAUUUCAGUGACUCUUUCCAUGUGUCCCCCCUUUCAAAGAAUGAAUGGAGCCUUAAAAAAGUUUCUCUUUGAAUAAUUUAUUCUCAUGUGAACUCGCUGCUGUCACACACACACACACACACACACACACACACACACACACACACACACACACACACACACACACACACACACACACACACACACACACACACACACACACACACACACACACACACACACACACACAGAGACGACGGGUGUGAGCAGCACAUUGUGCAUAAUCUAUUUUUGUAUAUCUCAAAUGCAAAAAAACGACGAAAAAACGAAAAAACGACGAGAAAAAAAUCACGAAAAAAUGUCGCGCGAGGAGAAGCGUAGAAAAGGAGCUAACUAUUGACAGGUUGUAAUGUUCAUAUGUGCAUAAAUAUGUGUGCAACUGACUGUUAUAUUUUGGGGAGAAACAAACUUCGCGGGGUUCCAUAAAUUAUAUUUUUAUACACAGAAUUGUAAAUUAGAUUUUGACAGAUCGCUACCGAAUCACAUUUCGUUAUUUGAAAUAGUGUAAGAUAUGAGAAUAUAUUUUAAUUUAAAUACAGUAGUUGGGAAAGUAUUGGAAAAAAUCUUGUACUGCUUUGGUUUAUUUUAAGAAUUUUAUUAUGUUGGAAACUGUUGGUUUUAAGUUGUCGGAGAGGGACAGAUAUUCUGCCUCAUGUCUGCAUUUUUCUCUGCUUUUCCUUUCCUGUUGUGUUUCUAUUUCUCCCGUUUUCUUCUGAGAAAAAUAUUAAAUGCAGAUUCUGACAAUUCAGUAAAACAGUUAAAAAAAGUAGAAGCAGUUUCGUUAAAUAAAUUAAUAAGUAACUCCUGUAAAUGUACUAAAAAUGUAUUUUUCUUUUCAUAUUUUGUAAUAGGGAAAUAGUUUUAUAGAAAUGAUCUGCGGCAGAUGCGAAGUUUGGAUAGUCUAUAUAUAGCCAGACCAUAACUUUCAUAACAGGACGAUGCGUCAAAAUGUCUAGAGUUUAUUAUUUAUAUGUUUAUUACAAAAUGAGAUAAAGAAAAUCUUCAAACUUG